GUUUGCAAGGCUACUGUUGAUUUUGUGUGUCAGUUGUCUUCUGUUGCCUUCGCCUGACAGUUGCUGAUGCUUUGCCGUGCGCCUCGUAUCGUAGAUUCAGAAUGAUUGAAGUUUAAUCCGUGAAUCGUGAAUGGGUGGAUUUUAUAGUGAGUUAGAGGACGCCGAUUAUUAUCAUGCAGUGCAUCAAGAAGACAUUGUUUUGACAGUGCUUAAAAUGCCAAGAAAUCAGUGUCUCCCUAUAAAGUGAAAUUAUUGAGAAAGUCUCAAUUAUGUGGACUGUCAUUGUGCUUCGUGUGGCUUCGUAUUGUUGGUGAACUUCAACUGUGAACUUGCCUAGCAAGUUAUGUUUCUCCUGUGAUUCUGGAUUGAAGAAUAAACCGGAUCAACAUGGCAGAUGAGGAAUCAACUGUUCGAGUUGCUGUUAGGGUCCGGCCGCAGAUCGCCCGCGAGGUGAUCGACGCGUGCCGCGUGUGCACGUCGGUGACGCCCGGCGAGCCCCAGGUGACGCUCGGCUCCGACAAGGCCUUCACGUACGACUAUGUCUUCGAUAUCGGCCAGGACCAGCCCAGCGUGUACGAUACGUGCGUGCACGACCUGGUCGAAAGCUCCCUGGACGGCUACAACGCCACCGUGCUGGCCUACGGACAGACCGGAUCGGGGAAGACCUACACCAUGGGAACCGGGUUCGACGUGGAGCUCCAGGCCGACGAUGUGGGCAUCAUCCCGCGCGCCAUCCACCACCUCUUCAACGGCAUCUCGGCCAGAACGGAGCGCGCCAGGGAGAGUGGAGCCCCAGCACCCGAGUUCAAAAUUGUGUGCCAAUUCUUGGAGUUGUACAACGAGGAGAUAAUCGACUUGUUCAAUCCCUCGGAACAUUACUGUAAUAAGAACAAAAAGGCCAUAAAGAUCCACGAAUAUCCUGAAGGUGGUAUUUAUCUUGUGGGAGUUACAACCAAGGCUGUGCAAACACCAGAAGAGGCUCUUCAAUGUCUUAGACUGGGAGCUCUUUCAAGAACAACAGCUUCAACUCAAAUGAAUUCACAGUCAUCUAGAUCACAUGCCAUUUUUACAAUUUACAUAAAACAAGAGAGAGUUGUUAAAAUUGAGGGAAAUGAAGAUUUUGUCAAUGGAGGUACAGAGACGGCCAAUGAGUGUGAGAUGUUAACUGCCAAAUUUCACUUUGUUGAUCUUGCUGGCUCUGAAAGGCUGAAGCGCACGGGAGCAACUGGGGAACGAGCAAGAGAAGGCAUAUCAAUUAACUGUGGUUUACUUGCAUUGGGAAAUGUAAUUUCUGCACUUGGUGAUAAGUCUAAAAGAGCGCUACAUGUACCGUAUAGAGAUUCCAAGCUCACAAGACUAUUACAGGAUUCUCUUGGAGGGAAUAGCCGCACUGUGAUGAUAGCUUGUGUUUCACCUAGUGAUAGAGACUUUAUGGAGACACUGAACACACUUAAGUAUGCAAACAGAGCUCGUAAUAUUCGCAACAAGGUUGUCCUCAAUCAAGAUAAAAGUUCUCGUACUAUUGCUAUUCUGAGGGGUGAGAUUCAGAGACUUGAAUUGGAAUUGUUAGAGUACAAGCAGGGAAAACGCGUUUUAGGGGAAGAUGGAAUUGAGACCGUAAAUGAUAUGUAUCACGAAAACACCAUGCUUCAGUCUGAGAUAAAUAACUUACGAACUCGUGUCAAAGCCAUGCAAGAAACCAUAGAUACUCUCACUCAGAAGAACACAUUAUUACUGGCUGAAAAAGCGACUGGAACAUGGAUUAAUUCUGGUUCUGAUUCAGAUGUCACGGAAAUGGUCAAACACUAUAUCAAGGAAAUCGAAGAGCUGAGGGUAAAACUGUUAGAAUCUGAGGCUAUAUGCAAACAGUUGCGCAAACAAAGCCAGAUUAGGGCGUCACUAAGCCCUCGAGCAGCCAUGACAGGUCACAGUUUUGAUCAUGGUUUUGGAUUUGAAACUGAUACAAAUGGAUUGAUUCAAGAAGCAAAACGGGACUUGAAGAGAGACUUAGAUAUUUUAGCCACAAAAGGCCGUCCUCCUUGUCCUGCCACUAAAGACAAUGAUGCAGGGAAAGAGGGAAAUGAUGGUCAACUCAUGGAAGCUCCUGAUUUGGAUAGUGAUGAUGAUGGAAAUGAUGAUUCUGAUAGUGAUACUGAUUCAGAAGAAAAAGCCUCAACCCAAAUUAAAGUUGAAUUAGCUGAACUCACAUCAGAAAUUGAUAUUAAACAAAAGUUGAUUGAGGAACUGGAACUUUCUCAAAGACGUUUAAAUUCAAUGAAACAACACUAUGAGGAAAAACUAGCUCAGCUUCAGACCAGGAUAAGAGCUACUCAAGAAGAAAGAGACAAAGUCCUUGCUUCUAUAGUUGGCGGCCAUAACAACCAACAGACAGAUAAAGCCAAGAAAGUUAAAGAAGAAUAUGAACGUAAACUUUCAAAUAUGCAAAAAGAAGUUACCAGGUUGCAAUCAGCUAAAAAGGAACAUGAUCGUCUUGUUCGAAGUCAAACUCAGUAUGAGACUCAACUUAAAACACUUCGGACGGAUCUAGCUGAUAUGAAAAAGACCAAGGUGAAACUGUUAAACCAAAUGAGGGAAGAAAGUCAGAGGCAUAAGAACACUGAAGCAAGGCGAAAUCGCGAGAUAGCGCAGUUGAAGAAAGACUCACGUCGUCAUGAAAACCAAAUUCGUACAUUGGAAGCUGAAAAAAGACAAAAGGAAAUUGUUUUGAAACGCAAACAGGAAGAAGUGACCAUGUUAAGACGCCUCGCAAAGCCAGGCCUUAGCAACAAAGCAGCUGGUCGUGUUGGAGAAAGACAUUCAAAAAAGAGUGCAUUUUCACCUCGAGUGGCCAAGCAAAAGUGGCAAAGUGUGGAAAAGAAUAUUAACAAGGUUGCCCUUAAUAAGAGAACUGUCGCAGCCAUGGAGAGAGAUAUGGAGAGGCUAUUAAAUGAGCGGGAAGCACUCAGUAAAACAUUGGAUUUAAAAAUUCGCAAACGAGAUUCAGCUCGCAUUCACAAACAUGAACCAAUUGUGGUUAAAGAACUUGAAGAUGAGAUUGAGGAUCUUCAGGCUAACAUUGAUUAUGUCCAAGAUAAUAUAACUGAAGCUCAGCACAGUAUUAUGCAACUGGAGGAGAGUAAGGAUACAUUUGAUUCCUUUGAUGUCACCUCAUUAACAAUGAGUAUGACUGAUUUGGAAGAAGCAGGGUACUUGAUAGAAAAACUCUACAACAUGACAGUAAACCAAAGCUAUAUUGCUGCCCAGCGAGAGCUAUCAGUGAAAGAACUAGAAGCAAGGCUGAAUGAGCUUGAACAGUCAAACCAUCUCCAAGAACAACUCCUGCAGCACAUGUGCAGAAACAAUGAGCUUGACAUUCUAUCAUCAAAACUCACUGCCUCAGGUAGUACAAAUGGCAGUGGGGGAGCUGUUGGUGGUUCUUCUUCAAGCUCAGCUGCUUCAACUCGUUCCUCUUCCCCUGUUGACAAUGUAAAUGGCAACUCAAAGGGAACAAGCAGUGUAAGUGGCGCAGGUCCCAAAAUCCGAAGACGAACUGCUUUGCCUGAAGACUUACUGUAUCCAACACCCUUAGGCCAUUCUGUCAGCACUAGCUCUGUAGGUAGCUCAUCGGUGGCAAGUUCAAUGACCACUUCAAUGACAAGUUCUGUUGGUUUGUCCUCUGGUCCUCGAGAGGCGGUUCUUACAUCAAGUGAUUCUUUAAUGCCCCCACCAUCUGCAAAAUCUAUACAACGUAUUCCUAGUGCUCCUGGGUCAUUAAGGAAUAUGGGGAUGAAUCUAAAGCCAGCCUUGACAGAGGUUAAAGCAUCUCCAGUCAUGCAACGAAAGACUUAUGAUCGCCAAGAUUCAACAUCACCCCGCAUCAACCGCCGCACAAUUGUCCUGGGUCCUGGAAACUUGAUUGGCAAACCUGGCUCCAUGGAGCAAGAUCUGGACAAAAGUCCACCUAACUCCCCGCCAACUUACCGUCGUCUCAACUCAAGAGAUAGGGACAGGGAUGUCAAUGUUUUCUCAAGAUUGACUUCCAGCACAAUGCAAAGCAGUGACCAUCAAGACCAUGGAACCAUCACACCUUUCCCAGGCAGGGUCUCAAUGAAGGCUCCUCUUGUUUGUACUCAUGUAGCUGAAGGUCAUAAGAGUGCUGUUCUCUCUGUUGCUGCAACUGAUGAUCUCAUGUUUAGUUCUUCUAAAGAUUUGACUGUGAAGGUGUGGGAUUUGCAUUCUGGAAGGGAGACUUUGACUCUUACGGGUCAUCCAAAAAAUGUUGUUGCUGUUAAAUAUGAUCCAAACCGGAGGCUUAUUUUUAGUGUGUCUUCAGCAUAUAUAAAGGUUUGGGACAUGAGAGCUAGUGCAUGUAUUAAAACUCUCAGUUCUUCAGGGCAAUCAACAAAUGGGUCUCUUUCAUUCACCAAUACUGUGAGAGCACUACAAAUUCCUCCUGGAGAAUGUAUGAUCAAUGAUAUAGCUCUUAAUCAGAGUGGAGAGGUUCUGUAUUCUGCAGCUGGAGACAGAGUUGGUGUUUGGGAUCUGCGAACAUUUACUGAGCUUGCUAAGCUUAAUGGUGGACAUCAAGCUGCUGUUUCCUGUCUAGCUGUGGGGAGAGUUUCACCACAUGAGGAUGUAGUUAUAACUGGUUCAAGAGAUCACUACAUUAAGGUGUUUGAAGUAAUUGAUCAAAACGAAGGUGUUCUAACGCCAAGAGUGAAAUUGGAUCCUCCCCACUAUGACGGUGUACAAUCAUUAGCAAUGAGUGGAGGGAUUCUUUUCUCCGGCUCUAGAGACUCGUGCAUUAAAAAGUGGGAUUUGUCAAAACCAGAGCUGAUACAGUCAAUGAACAAUGCUCACAAGGAUUGGGUUUUAAGUCUGGCUUUCAUUCCCGGUGGUCCAUUAUUGCUGUCAGGCUGCAGAGGUGGUACCUUAAAACUGUGGAAUGCAGAUAUGUGUACAUUAUUAGGAGAAUUAAAAGCUCACUCUCAUGCAAUCAAUUCUGUCACCACCAACUCAACACAAAUCUUCACAGCAUCAAGCUCAGGGAAAGUGAAAAUGUGGCGUCUGGCGCAAAAUUAUGCCAUGACUAUGUCCACAGGUCAUGUCUUUGAGUUGUCUUUGUGAUCUGUGACAACACCAUUCGGUUUUGGAGAAUUAAUAGCAGAUUUGAUUCGUCACCUGAUGUAAUAGAAGCUUAAAUUAUCUUUUGAGCCUCAUUUUUCAAAGAUGUUUGGGCAUGAAGUUCAAAUCAUGUAAUCACUUCUCAAUCAAGUUUAAGUUUGAAGAAUGCAUAUCUUACUGCAGUAUUUAUGAUUUUGAUUGGAAAUACUUUGUGAUGAAUGGUCUUUGAGAAUGUGAUUUUACAUCUUUAUAAUUACAAUAAUGUGAUAGUUAAGAGUAUCUAGAGAUCAACUUAUAGUAUCUAAAUUUGACUGAAAUGAUAAUUUUGAAAUGUAUCCAUCUGUGAUGGAUCUCUUUUAAAUUUUGAUGGAAGAUGUUUUAUGUCUUUGUCAAUCAGGAACUAAUUAGUUAUCAUGCAUUCAUGAAGUUGGUUAUUAUUAUUGACCUGUUAAUUACAUGUAAGAUGUAUUAUACUUACAAAAAUGUUGGCCACAAACUGGGCUUUCAUGAGUUCCUAUAGCAAUAGAUUAUUUUUCAGAGAUACAUAGUAUGUGCUAGUUUCAUAGAAAUAUGUAGCAUUAACAAUUUGUGAUGAAUCUAAUGUAAAGUAAAUGACAUCUACAGUUCAGGGUGUUAAAAAAUUAGUAAUGGUCUUAACUUGUUGCUCAAGGAAUACAGAAUGUAUGUAAUGUUCCAGUUUAUUUAUAAACGAGUAGCAAACAUUGUGUUCUGUGUGCUCACUUUGUGAUAAGGAUUGAAAUUGUCAAGUGCAUGUAUUUUGUGAGAACUGCCCCUUGCUUUUCUUUGUUUUUCCUUGAUUUGAUUUGUCUUUUUCACCGUCUAGUAUUUGACGUUCUUGCCACUUUAGAUAUUUGAACAAUGUUUGUGCAGGUUUAGACUUAUGAAUUUACUUAGUAGUUAUGGUUUUACAAAUCAAUUUAGUAGGUGCCUAAUUUUUAAUUUCUGUAAGACUGACCUCUUGUAAGUAGGAAAUGUGUGAUUUGUAUUUUCUUGGCUAAGUGUGGCCAAAUCUGCUGAGAAUAAUGAUAAUGCCUAAAAUCUAGAACUUUCGAAAAGAACGGCGAUAAACGGAAUGACGCUAGUCUAAAAGAAAUGAUUGAGGGCCCAUUCGAUUAAGCACGGUUUACUUUUGUCGUCCAGAACAUCUGCCCUGAUUUUUAAAUUUUAUUAUCUGUCUUGGCAGCUGAUUAGUAGACUGGUGGAGUAUUUUGCAGUAUUCUGAGCCUUACAAUAUUUUAUUAUGUCUCUUAUUGCUCCCCUUCACUCUGAUUAAAUACUAAUAAUUAUCUGGAAACCCAAAUGACUUAGUCAGACACCAUGUCAACAAUAAGAAGAAGUGGUUUACUUUAAACCUACCCCAUCUGUGUUUUCCUCUUUUUUAAAGAUGAAUCUUAGUUUGAAGAACAAAGUAACUUUAUGUUUCUACAGCUUUGACAAAGCUCACAGAUAUUUUUGAGUGCAAGUACAUCUAAAAUUGGACCAAGUUGAGAUCUCAUUUUUGAAAAUACUGCGUAAGCAUGAUACUGUAUGAAAAGUACAUAUAUGAAUGAAAACAUAGAGAAAAAUAUUACAUCACAUUGAGCAUGUUUCGUACUAGUCAUAAUUCUUGCUUAGUUUCUUUUGAACAAAUAUUUUACGGAAAAUGUUGUACAUAUAUUUUAUGUUGCGUUCAUUAUAUUUAUUUAUUAAUUUUGUUUGUUAUCAUUCCAAAGCCUGUUUUAAUUAUUGCUCAUCGUAAUGUUUCUUUUCUUGUAGUAUUUGUUCUGAUCUAUGCUACCCAAUUAAAAUGAUAUCAUAUACACAAA